AGAAAGAGAAAUGGGUUUGUGAAUUUAUGAACUGUGAAUUUGAGGGAGGGACAGAAAAGGGGUCGUGGGGACAGCAACGCGGAGUGAGAGGAAGUUGGGGAAAGUGUUAUAAAUAUACAUAUGUAUGUGGAUUGGAUUGGAGCUGUAUGAGAGAGGAGGCAGAAAGAUCUCACAGUGUUUCUCUAUAUCCAUUUGCUGAAGAUUGUAAAGAGACUGCCCUGAGAGAUAUCUAAUAAUUUUCUGGGGAAAAUGAAGCACAAGGAUGGAAAACCUGGUUCUCAGCAGGAUAAAAAUUCUCGGGCUGUCCCAAUGACGAUCAUGUUUUUUGUGCUGUGUGGCUUUUCCUUUUAUCUUGGUGGACUCUUCUGUUCUGAGAAGCACAGAUUUGACAACAAUGAUGCUAAGGAUGUCGCAAAGGCGGUCCAAUCUUCCACGGAAGUUGGAGUUGGCUCUCUUCAAAUGAAGUCCGUUAACUUUCCUGAAUGCAGCAUUGACUAUCAAGAUUACACUCCGUGCACAAACCCAAAGAUAUGGAAGAAGUAUGGUACUCAUCGGCUUACUUUUAUGGAACGCCAUUGCCCUCCGGUAUUUGAGAGGAAGGAAUGCUUAAUUCCACCCCCAGAUGGGUAUAAGGUACCAAUCACAUGGCCAAAGAGUCGGGAUGAAUGCUGGUACCGGAAUGUGCCUUAUAACUGGAUUAACAAGCAGAAAUCUAAUCAGAACUGGUUGAGGAAGGAAGGAGAGAAAUUCAUCUUUCCUGGUGGGGGUACUAUGUUCCCGAGAGGUGUUAGUGAGUAUGUUGAUUUGAUGCAAGAUCUUAUUCCAGGAAUGAAAGAUGGGACUGUUCGAACUGCCAUUGAUACUGGGUGCGGGGUUGCAAGUUGGGGAGGUGAUUUGUUGGAUCGUGGGAUUUUAACUGUUUCUCUCGCUCCAAGGGAUAAUCAUGAAGCUCAAGUCCAGUUCGCUUUGGAACGUGGAAUUCCAGCUAUCCUCGGCAUCAUUUCUACCCAAAGGCUUCCAUUCCCCUCAAAGUCAUUUGAUAUGGCUCACUGCUCAAGAUGCCUCAUUCCAUGGACAGAAUUUGGUGGAAUUUACCUCCUAGAAAUUCAUCGCAUACUCCGUCCUGGAGGCUUCUGGGUGCUGUCUGGUCCUCCUGUCAACUAUGAACACCGCUGGCGUGGGUGGAAUACAACUAUAGAGGAGCAAAAAUCAGAUUAUGAUAAGUUGCAGAAACUGCUAACUUCAAUGUGCUUCAAGUUGUACAAACAAAAGGAUGACAUUGCUGUUUGGCAGAAAUCUGCAAAUAACAAUUGUUAUGAAAAGCUUGCUAAACCUGAUGUUUAUCCGCCAAAAUGUGAUGACAGCUUUGAACCAGACUCAGCAUGGUACACUCCGCUUCGCUCUUGUGUUGUUGUUCCAAACCCAAAGUAUAAGAAAUCAGCUUUGGCAUCGCUCCCUAAAUGGCCAGAGCGGUUACAUGUUGCACCGGAACGCAUUUCAGGUGUUCAUGGAGGCAGUGCUAGUGUGUUCAAGCAUGAUGACAGUAAGUGGAAGGUGCGUGCAAAGCACUACAAAAAGUUGGUCCCAGCAAUUGGGACUGACAAGAUUAGGAAUGUCAUGGACAUGAAUACAGUUUUUGGAGGUUUUGCUGCAGCUUUGAUUGAUGAUCCUGUGUGGGUCAUGAAUGUGGUCUCUUCCUAUGGUGCCAAUACGCUUGCUGUUGUCUAUGAUCGCGGCCUUAUUGGAACCUACCAUGAUUGGUGUGAGGCUUUCUCUACUUAUCCUCGAACUUAUGAUCUCCUUCAUCUGGAUGGACUCUUCACAGCAGAAAGUCACAGAUGUGAUAUGAAAUAUGUUCUCUUGGAGAUGGACCGGAUUCUGCGUCCAAAUGGGUAUGCAAUCAUUCGGGAAUCCAGAUACUUUGUGGAUGCUGUUGCUGCAAUUGCCAAGGGAAUGAGGUGGAGUUGUCGAAAAGAAGACACCGAGUAUGAUGUUGAAAACGAGAAGAUGCUGAUCUGCCAGAAAAAACUCUGGUAUUCUUCUAAUAAAAGUUCAUGAUCACUCCAUGAUCAGAAUACAUAGAAGAAACUCAAGCCAUGCUGAUUAUUUCUCUUGGAGGGUUGAAUAGUAUUUAUUUCAUGGUUAGAAGUGAAGAGAAGCCACUUCAAUACCACUCAUAGAAGAGAUUAGUUCAAUUGUAUAACAAGCAAGCAAAGGAUUCUUAAAAUCAAAAUAGUCAAAUUGAAGACUUUCAGGUACUCAAUAAUGUGAUUUUGUUAAUUUAUAGGGCUUUUACCAUAUAGAUAUAUUCUUUAUAAGUAUCAAAUGUGUACUUGGUAUAAUCUUUUUUUUUUUUUUUCUCUUCUUUGUAUCAUUUUCUUUUCAACAAUCAAUUGUUUUCUCUUUAUUUUAAGAAUGAUGAUGUAAUGAUGUGAAAAAAGAAAGUUGAAAAUAUUCCAUGGGUGAUGGAAAUUCACAUCCUCAAGGUUUGUGAUUCUUCUGUUCGAAUGAAGUUUUGCUUCUUAUCGAACUGUAUUUAGUUGUGUGCCUGCUACGAUCCUAUUGUUUAUGAACUCUAUACCAUAUUUCUGAAUGAAUUUAAACUCUACUGUUUUAACA